CCCUCUCCCUCUCCCUCUCCCUCGCCCGCUCGCUCGCGCGCCCCUGGCCAAGAUGGUGGACACAUCGUUCUUCCUCGAGGCGCUCCAAAGCCAGUUGGCCGAGCCGAUGGUCAUCAACUCUGUCGAUGUCCGAGGCCUGAAGCGCACGCGCGAUGUCCUGAUCCUCUCCUGUCUGGACCCCAUCUUCCACGCGCGGACCUUUGACGAAGUUCAAGACGAAGUGGUGGCCCUUUAUGAGCGCCUCCUGGGCCUGGACAUUUACAGCAGCGUGCGCAUCAGUCUGAAGGCCGUCCCGAAGCCGGACUUCCUCCUGGACCGCGAUGCCGACCUCAUCGGCAGCAUGGACUUCGAUGUGGAUGACGACCUGGCCAUCCAGCACAUGCUGGCCUCCCUGCCGAAAAAGCUGCUGUUCAUGCUGCGAGAUGACAUCCGCGCGGCCGGCACCGACAUCAGCACUGCCGAGCUGAUGACCAUCUUCCGCAAGACCUCGCGGCGCUUCCUGGCCUCGGAGCCGGAGUUCAUGUACGGCCAGCUGGAACAGGCCGACCUGGUGGUGGACCUGGUGGAGAAGUCGGCCAUCAGCGCCCACGCCGGCACAUAUGUCGGAACGGUGACGAGCUCCGUGAACACCACGGUGGCCUUGCGGAACAUUACUGGGCUUGGUGACACCAUUCGUCUGGAAAGCGCCCACUCCAUGGACUAUAGCCGGACCUUCCGGAUGGACUACCACCUCUGCUUGGAUGCCAACCCAGCGACCCCCUUCACGGUGUCGCUCUACAAGCAGGACUACGACUGGAAGACCAGCAGCUCCCAUGCGGAGGAGGUCUACGGCCUGUCCACCAGCAUUCGGACUCCCUCCCCCUUUGGUCGCCACACGAUCGCCUACGACGCCAGCCUUCGAAACAUCUCCUCCCUCACGGACCAGGCAUCCCUCUCCGUCCGGUCUGAGGCCGGGUACACGGCCAAGUCCGCCCUCCGGCACGAGUGGGUGGCCUCCAGCGAGGAUUCGGAGACAAUGCCGCGCCACGGCGCCCGGGCCCGAAUGGCCACCGAGGUGGCCGGCCUGCUGGGCGAUGUGAACCACCUUCGCCAUGAGACGGAAGUCCGCGCGUCGACCACCCUGCCGGGCGACAUCACCCUGUCGAUCGGCGCGCACGCCGGCUUCAUUUCCCCCCUCUUCAGCAAGGCAGACAUCAUGAAUGCCCCCUCCUCCGACGAUCUCACCGGAGCGGCCAAGCUCCCAAGCAACGUACCCAUCAAUGACCGCUUCUUCCUCGGCGGGCCGCUGACCAUGCGUGGCUACGCACACCGGAACUUCGGCCCGCGCAUCCGCCGCCUCAGCGGCUUGGCCAAGCACGGCAGCCAUGUUGCGAUGCCGGGCUCGGACGCCGUCGGCGGGGAUGUCUUCGCCGCGGCGGCGGCCCAUCUCUAUGCCCCGGUCCCCCUUGUGUCCCGCUAUGCUGACGUCCGGCUUCACCUGUUUGCCAACGCCGGGAGCCUGCUCCUGCGCGAUCCGGCCACGCCGCUUCUUUCGAAGGACACGGCCAAUGCACUGGCCAGCUCGAUCACCACCACCACCGGCCUCGGUCUGUCCUGGGCCCAGGGGCCGCUGCGCCUCGAGUGCAACCUCAUCUUCCCGACCUUGACCAAGGGAACCAGCGUGGAGCCCGGCAGCCUGGCCCGCUUCACCAGCAACCGCGCGUUGCAGGAGCGCUUCGCCAACGGCCUCAACCUGGCCGGGCUCGGCCUGCCAGCCUGGCAAAUUGGCAUCGGCCUUUCCUUCUUCUGAUGGCCCACUCCCUGGUGCCCGUCGUCCCUGGCAUCCCUCUCCGCCUGCUCGCCCGUGGAACAUAUCCCCCUCUCCCCCUCCUCCCUCUUCCCGCUCAGGAAGGCCGGCAGGCCCAGCUCCAGAAUAGACAUACUCCGAAUGCAUCA